AUAGCUUAUAUGUAUUUCUCGACAGACCAACGAAACACAAGUAAAACCCUUCACUGUAACAGCAAAAUUCUCCUUUGAAACGCAUUGAAUAUAAACUAACUCGGUACUCUUAAAAGCACAAGCCACGGAAUCCAGACAAGUGUGAAAGCACGCCAUGGCUUCAUCCCGAGAGCGCGGAAUGAAUGAUGACGUCACGUACGCAGUGAUAAUAUAAGCCUAAACCAGAUGCAUCAUGGGAUACUAUUCGAUCGUCGUCUGAUCACAGCUGGAAAUGCUAAGCGGAAGAAACUGGCUGAAGGGAAAAUACCGAUUUGUUGAGGUUAUUUAGAGGAAGGAAUGGUGCAGGGAUUUCUCAUUUCUACGUUUCUAUACCUUGGCAUUACAUUCACAAACGUGGAAGCCGCACUUCCUUUCAAAGACCAGUGCGUGAAGUGGCAUAAUACAUACCGCAUAAAACACCAGGUUGAUCCAGUGACAUGGGAUACCAGCCUUGCCAAAGGCGCGGAGGACUGGGCCAAGUAUUUAGCGAACAAUAAUUUAUUCCAACACGCUCCAAACAUACAAGCUGGAGAGAAUCUUUACUGGUCCGCAAAUAAACCCGACGAGCCUUGUACUGCGGCUACAAAAGCUUUCUAUGGGGAGGUUAAAUAUUAUGAUUUCAAUAAACCUGGAUUUUCAAAGAAUACAGGACACUUUACCCAGGUUGUGUGGAAAAACACCAAACAGAUCGGAGCAGCACAAGCGACCAGGAAGGAUGGCAAACUAGUUGUGGUGAUUCGGUACUCCCCUCCUGGAAACUUCGUCUCGAAAACGGCUUUCAUGAAGAAUGUUCUCCCUGUUCAGGAGGGGACAGUACCUCCUCCCCAUGCGGGUGGACCCGGUCAGAUGUGUUGCUGCCUUGUUUGCAAAUUGCUUAUGAGUUUUGUGGCCAUGGCUCUGAACUUUUGCUUUUAAUUUGAUACCUAGCGUGAAAGCAUUGCGGAUAACCUUUUUAAAGCGAUAGAAUUUACUAAUACGGACUCACAAAAAGUAAAAUAUCUGAUACGAUAUAAAUAGAAUAUACCGUAUUCAGGCGAUCCUGUCAAGUUCCUUAUAAAUUUUGCCCCUUUAGAGAAAUUUCAACUGCAUGUGUUGAGAAAACAACAAGUUAAGCGAGAAAGCCACGGGUAGAAUGAAUAUUAACUUACACGCAUUAUAGAAAACUUUACUUUACACUGGAGGAACUUGAAAACAGAGGUUUCACUCUGACAACGCAUCAAAUGUUUUCCGUCCACAUUACGCCGGAUGAAUUUAAAAACGUAACAAUCACCGAUCAUUUCCGAUUUGUAUUUGAGGAAAACUCAAUCACGAAAAUCACUUAAUUAUCGUGACGCCAUAGUUUUCGAAAAGCUCCGUUUUCGAAAUGUUUUCCGUCCACACGAAAACGAAAAGCUGGUGUUUUCAAAUUCCUCCGGUUUGAAGAGGGUCUUCGAAACAUGCACUCCGUUUCAUGACGGAUUAAUGUGGACGGCAGGCCUAACCGUAGAAAUAAAGCUGCAUUUUCAAGUU